CAAGCCUGCUCCUCGGAAUGCUCACAUCAACACUACGCCAACAGUCAACUCUUCCGCACAAAAGCCUUCCCCGAAGAGCAAGGCACAGUCUGCGUCAUCCUCAGCUCGACGAGAUAUGACAGAUGAAGUGCGCGGCUUGGUAGCCCGUCUAACGGGGAUAGAAGCCAGCGAGCUGGAGCUGGACGCCGAGAUUACCCACUAUGGCAGCGACUCGCUCAUGGGAAUGGAACUUGGGCGUGAGGGUAAGCGUGCAAAAAGAAAAAAAAAAUGCAGAACAAAAGAUAUGGUUGUUGAAAAGCGCUAAUUCUGCCACGUAGUGGAGAGGAUGUUCAAAUGUACGUUGGAUCAGGCCCAGCAGAUGGAAGCUACGACGCUGCGCAAGUUUGUCGCAUGUGUC